AUGUACGAUCGGCAAGAUUUUGUGUCGGUGCCGCCUCUGUCCAGUAACCUCACUUUGGGCAUGUCGCCUGCAAAGACGGCUGUCACAGUGCCGUUUGCCCAUAAGACGGCCAGUUUUCGGGUCUCAAACGUUCUGGAUCUCGGCUCAGGCAAGGGCUAUCUGGCCCGCAUUCUUGCUGACGGGUUUGGCCUGAAGGUGUGCUGUGUCGACAAAAACAAGGACCGUCUCAAAUCCAGUUUGCGCAUUCACAAGCUCAUACAACAAGGACAGGUGUCGCAGACCAGUCUAGGACCUUCUGGCAAUUUUCACACUGUUGCUGCUCCCAUUGAGGAAUGGGAGGAUUUCAUGGAUGAGGCUACGGCUUUCUUUAGACGCAACACCAGGCUCGAUGAGAAAGUGCUUGACGUCGCCGUGGUGGGGUUGCAGCUGUGCGGUGACAUGGUGUACAGAGUUAUUGACCUGGUUUCAGGUUGCAGCAGAGAGGACAUUCGGCUCUGUGCGUUUUUGGUGGUCCCCUGCUGCUUGCAUAAAAUUGUUUCGCUUAGGUCUAAGGCGUACCAAACUAGGGAGGUUUGCAUGGAGAACGUAUAUAAAGACAUCCAGGAAUACCUGGUGGAAAGGGGAUUUGGAAAUGUGCAUUUGGGCUAUCUGAACAUUGGUAUCACCAAAAGCAAGGAAGACAUCAAGCAGCUUCUCCAGUCGCUGGACGAGGCGAUCGCCGCUUGGAGACCGUUGUUGAAUCUGGAAACGCAUGAAGAGCCGUGUCUGAAAUCCUCUCAAGUGACCAACCCUUUGGAAGAACUGAGUAAACUAGGACAGUUGAUACAUGCUCAUACCACAAAAGUGGGUAUUGUCUACAAACCUCCCAUCUCCCCUGAUAACUUCCACGCCUGUUUUGUUGAGGUGGAAAGCGUCACCAGGAGCCUAGUGAUGCUUGUGAGCUUGUGUUCUCAGCUAAUUGAAGAAAAAAACAAGUAUUCGACAUUAUAUAUUCAGAAAGUGCUGGACGAAGUCAACGCGUUGCUUGGGACGUUUUCCGUGCUCAACAACGAGCUUUCAGGGCUGCUGGACAUACAGGAUAGCGAUGCUGAUAGCACGAGGCUUGUUUCAGUGGCGAAAAUAUGGGAGAUCUGCGAUAAUCUGUCGUCUCUUGUGCGUUGGGGGGCAAGCGGAGUGCUGCGAGCCAAAUUUAAGGAGUCUGCCACACUGCUGGCAGACGGAUUGGAAGAAUACGAGGAGUGGCUGGAGUCUCCGAGCGCAGACAACGGCGACUUUUUCGAGGAGAGCGACCACGAGGACGAGACAGAGCAGAAAGAGGUCGACGCUGAUCUGGUCUCAAACUUAAACUGAUCAAGUUGCUGUUCACAAGCAUGGACAAGAACAUCGGCAAAACACAACACACAGAAAAAUUAUCAUCCAAGCUGGACAGAAUGAACUCAGCAAGGUUGGAGAUCGGUCUCCUGGUAGACGAGUUCAUCUCGGCUAUUAUUUACGAUAUGGACCAAACUGUGGCCCAAAAAUAUGCAUUGCAACUGGUCCAAGCAUGCAUGUCUUUAACGGAAGCUGUUUCUCAGCUGGAGCCCAAAAAGGUGAAAUGGUUUGACACUUGGAAAACUAAAUUCCAGGAAAAUAUAUAAUAUAAUCGAUAAUACAAAAUCACCAGUCG